AUGGCUCAGUCUCGUGUUCUCGCGCACCCUCUCCGUCGGCUCACCAUAGCUGCCUUUUUUCCGACUUUGAUUCUCUCUACUGUCGAUGCAGCCCUGUCCGGACCUGUCCGUAUCGCAGGGUUCUCGGCCAUCUUUAUCUCGGCUAUUGUCUCAACCAUCCUGCUCUGCUGCAAGCGCCGAAACCCAACAAAGGGAUAUGGGGGAUUGAAGGUUGCCAUCUUACUUUUAAUUUACGAUACGCUGUCAGCUGCUGGAAUCCUGACCUUUCUAAUCUUUACUUGGAUCUAUCUCGGGUCAUGGUGGAGGGAGGCUAGGCGGGCGGUACUGACUGCCUAUGCCAGUGUACCAUACAUCCUUGUCUUCCUUAUUCAUGCCUACCUUGCCCUGCUCAAUCUUAUUGACUUUAUUGACCGACCCCGACACUGCCCUCAUUGCGACGGUGACCUCUACGAUCGAACCCCCGACGCGGCUCCGGGAUUUAGUCACUCUCAAGUUUCUCGAGGAGUAUACAGGAGUCUUCACGGACUUGACCACCAAGCCGUUGAGCGGCCCAGUGUCGAUAGCGAGGCCGAUGAGGACGCUAGAUUGCUUGGUGAGGAUGUUGGAAUUGUCCAGAAUCUUGGCCAAGUUCCCAUUGGUGGAACUGGAAAGGGUGACAUAAAAGUUGAGAUCGUCUGA